AUGUCUUCGUCAAGUGCCUACUCCUUACAAUUGCCAUUCUUGGGUACAAUACCAUUGGGAAGAUCACCACCAAAUUUAGCUUCAUUUCAAAAGCCUUUACGUGAACUUUAUAUACCUUACUAUCGUCAACGACGUGAACGUCAUCAUGAUGAACGUCGAAUAAUUAUAUCCGAUCGUGAUAUAUUAAUAUUUGAACCUGAUGCGGUAUCCAAAGGAAAACGUUCAUUAAUUUAUGCAACUUUUGAAUCAAUUGUUGAGAUACAAGCAUUAGAGUUAUAUCUUAUGUUCAAUCACACAGAAACUCAUCACUACAAACGCGUACGUGCUGCAUUUUUACCGAUUGGUUGCGAACAUCAAGAACGUUUUCGUUCUCUCUAUUCAACGAUUGAUAAAACACAAUUUAAUCUUCUUUCAACUCCAUCGUCGACAUCUUGUCAUCCUCCACUUUUAUUAUUUGUUAUGAGAAAAAGUGGUACUACUGGUACCGGUUCUCUACUUGAUUGUCACGUUUUUGCUGUACGACGUGAAUCGACUGCAUUUGAUUUAUGCGAUAUGAUACGAAAAUUAAUUAUCAAACGAACAAUGAGUCCUAUAUCAUCAACACAACAACAAGGACCACCGCCACCAUUACAACCACCACCUUCACUUCCGCCACCAUCAUCAUCAUCAUCAACAACAACAACAACAACAUUAUUACGUCUACGUGAUAAUUCUAAAGAUGGAACAGAUCAGCGACGCACAAAAUAUCUUGAUCGAGAUAGGCCUAUUUCAGCUAUGGAACAUCGUCAAGCUGAUAUACCAAUAAAUAUCGAUAUGAAAACGAAUCGUUCAAUAUCAAAUAUUAAUUUACAUGAUGCUAUAAAUUUAUCAUCAAACGGUCUCACUAAUCCAUUAUCAUCAACUUCAUUUCCUCUUAAUAAUAAUGAUAAUAAUCAACAAACAAAUCCUUAUCAUGAUCCAUCUCAAGUAUUAAAUGCAGACAACGAUAUUUAUCGUAUAUCAUCUUCACGUUCAACACCAGUACGUAUGUUGUCAACAAAAACUCAACAGCAACAACAACGUCAUUUUAUCAAAGCAUCUUCAUCGUCAUCAUCGAUAGUGGUCGAUGAAUCCGAUGAAGUUGUCAAUGACUUAAUGAAUAUUGUUGAUGUUGAAAAACUCAAAACUAUCGAUACAAACGUGGUUCAAGUUCCUAUAAAACGUCACGCAUCAUUUGAUCAUACAUCAUCAUCGUCAUCAAAUGAUCCCAAUGGUAAUACAAUGAAUAAAAAACGUUAUCAACAUCCUAACAAUAAUAAAAAACGUUCUUUAUUUGCCAAUUCAAUUCCAUUACCAACAAUAGUUUCAGCCAAUAAUACACCAGUAAUAUCACGAACAACAACUAAUGUUGAACAACAACAACAACAACAACAACAACAACAACAAUCAGCAACAUCUAUACUCGAUAGUUAUUUAUUACGUCCGCAAGUUGUAAUUAAUCGUUAUGGUGACAUAGGAAAUUAUGUACCAAAAUUAUUACGUGAAAAUAUAACAACAACAGCAAGCAUGCGUUCAUCGGACAGUAAUGAAAAUAUUUUCUUUCGUGCAACAAAUGGACAUAUAUUAAAUGGUUUUCUUAAUUUGGAUUUUUCAUCAAAAUCACAAGUAAACACUAGAAAUCCCAACCGUAAUAAUAAUAACAAUAAUAGCAAUGAUAAUAAUUCUCAUUAUCAAUCGUCACCAUGUCUAAAUGAAGAGGCUCAAGAACGAAGUGUACUAUCAAUUGUUAGACAAUUGAAGACAAAUCAAACAAAAUUGAAUAGCCAUGAACGAGAUUCUUCAAUGCCAAAUCAAACAACUCGUAUUGAAAAUAUUGAAAAUAAUCAUUAUGUUUCAUCAUGUCGAAUCCCGCGUGCUCAAACUCAGUCUCAACAACCUACAAAACCAGUACCAGCUGCUAUGGGUGGUAUUCAAGUGUUACCUUUUGCACCGCCUAGUUCUUAUUCUUCUCAACGUCCCUUAAAAACCUCUUAUUCAUCAUCAUCAGCAAAGCCAAGACGUGUAGCUUCAUUUACAAUCUCUGAUACAGAAUUACCAAUUGAUUAUAGACAAUAUUUACGUCAUACUGAUAAAGGCGCUCAGCUUUAUGGUCAAGAAAAACAACAAUCCUCAGAAACACUCGAACAUUCACUCGGAUAUUUACCUUAA